AGAAGAUCUUCUGGGAAUAUUUUGGAAACUUUCAGUGAAAAAUCUGAAAAGACAAAGUAGGAAAUUCUCCAUUCUCCCGGAGCAGCUGGUAGCAGGAGGAGAGCAGGAAUGGCUGGGGGUGGAGCUGUGUCAUCAGCCAAGAGUUUGUUCAUUUAAGGGUCAAAAGUCCAACUCCUUUUGGUGCCAAUUUGUUGGCGCCAAUUUCCUACUGAAUGUUAGUUGACUAGAUUGUUUUGUAUAGGCAGGCUGCAAUCGAACGCCUGGUCCUGAUUCUUCCCAUCUGAGAGCCUGACAAUUGUAACAGAGAAAUAGCAGCUGAGUUGGAAGAAAGGCAAGCUGUCCAAAUGGAGGCUUAAGAAAAAACACUUUCCUUUUGUCGGCGCUGAUGACAAAGAAUUGACCCUUCCUAGCGUGAAUGUUCUCGGGCGUGUGGCAGAAAUGACCUUGUGAAGGUAAUUUGGGGAUUCAGAAGGACUGUAAAAAGGAUCCUCAAAGCAAGCCUGAAUCUUGAUUUCUUUUUCUAACAAAGAAAAUUAUAUCUUGGAAGAUGCAAGAAUACAUUAAAGUUUUAAGCACAAAACCGUGUCUACCAUGUCUUCCCAUUGAAAGUGCUGCCUGCCCUGAUUCCUGGAUUGGAUAUAGAAGGAAAUGUUUCUAUGUAUCAAAAGAAGAAAGGAAUUGGUCUCUCAGUUUAAAGACCUGUUCUUCACUUAAUGCAUCCUUGGCUGUGUUUGAUACACAGAAGGAAUUGGAUUUUUGGGUGGAAAUUUUCAGUCCCUUGCAUUAUUGGUUUGGUCUCUCAAGAGAAAUUAGCCAGGUCUGGAAAUGGUUCGAUGGUACAGAGUUUAAAAACCAUGGGAGUCCUCACAAUCAAAAAGCCCUCACAGUCACAAAGGCCUCAUAGUCACAAAGUGCUGUGUUUCUUCAAUGCUGCCCACAGCAGGAACCUCAUCACAAGACUAGAAAACACACCUACUCACCAAAACAUACUAAACGAGUCCUACUAAUCAUUCCACCAAAAUAUCCUUAGCACACAUGUGAUCCAAACUAGUGCGCACUCUGCUUGCAAAAUAAAGCCCCCACACGCAGAAUCCCUGCACAGUCCAGUGAUGGCAAACCUUUUCGGCACAGAGUGCCAAAAAGAGAGCAUGUGCGCGUGCACGAGGAGCUGCCCAGGGAGCAUACGCAUGCUGGGAAAUGAACUUCCGUUUCCUGCACUCCGGUUACUGCCACACAUGCGCAUGUGACGAUCAGCUAGCCGGCGCCCAUGUUCAUGCCAGAAAACCAAAAACCUGCUCUUCCAGUUUCUGGCACUGCCACACACAUGAAGGCAAGCUGAUCAUUGCGUGCGCAUGUGUGCCAGAAACCCAGAAGAGGAAUGGGCGAUGCUGGGUGUACCACACGGCAUGGCCCCAUAUGCUACUUCAAACAUGUAUGUCAUAGGUUCACCAUCACGGCUCUAGUCUCUCCAAAGCAAAGCUGUUGUUGGAAGACAAUUAAUCUUCAGGCAAAGGAACCUGGCAUGCUUCUACCCAAGCCUCAAAAUGCAACUCCACUGAAUCUCAGCCGUGAAAUACAGGUAGUCCUCAACUUACAGCAGUGACCAUUCAAAGUUACAA